AUGAGAUUGAGCCCGGGCUGCACCGGCCUGUUACGUCAUCACUCCUCCGUACUCAAACCCACCCUCACCAACCACCUCCGAUCGGCCAGUGCUGUCAGUCGCCCGACCGAUUUCGGCCGGCUCCAGUUCGAAAGCUUUUCCCGGCUUGCUCUUCGCUCUAGUCGUGCGUUUACUAGUGCUGCCAUCAACAUGGGUGGAGCUUCACACGGUGCAGAGGAUACGACCAGGCCGAAACCCGAUCAAGUCUUGGUCGAUAUUGCCAAGUACGUCCAUGAUCCCAAGUUCGACGAUCCGGCUCUGGCCUACGAAACCGCCAGACUAUGCUUGAUCGAUACACUUGGAUGUGGGCUCGAGGCUCUCCGCUUUCCGACUUGCUCGAAACUGCUCGGCCCGGUUGUCGAGGGUACGGUGGUACCGAACGGCACACGAGUUCCCGGGACGGCGUUUGUCUUGGAUCCGAUCCGGGGGGCAUUCAAUAUCGGGACGAUGAUCCGAUGGCUGGACUAUAACGACUGCUUCCUUGCGGCCGAAUGGGGCCAUCCGUCCGACAACCUGGGCUCGAUCCUGGCCGUCGCCGACUGGCUGAGUCGGACGGCGGUUGCCGAGGGAAAGAAGCCGCUGAAGAUGCAUGACGUUCUGACGGCGAUGAUCCAGGCUCAUGAGAUACAAGGUGGACUGGCUCUAGAGAACUCCUUCAACCGAGUCGGCUUGGAUCAUGUCGUGCUCGUCAAGGUGGCCAGCGCGGCAGUGACGAGCAAACUCCUCGGCCUCUCCCUCGACCAGACUAUUGACGUCAUCAGUCAAGCCUUUGUAGAUGGCCAGAGUCUCCGUACCUACCGCCACGCCCCUAACACCGGCUCGCGCAAAUCCUGGGCUGCCGGCGAUGCCUGCAGUAGGGCCGUCAAUCUGGCCCUCCUGGUCCAGAAGGGUGAGAUGGGCUAUCCCACCGUACUUUCUGCCAAAACUUGGGGAUUCUAUGAUGUUUUGUUUGGCGGAAAACCAUUCAAGUUCCAGAGACCAUUCACUUCCUAUAUUAUGGAGAACGUAUUAUUCAAAAUAUCCUAUCCAGCCGAAUUCCAUGCUCAAACGGCGGUCGAAUGUGCCCAUAUCUUACACAAAAAGCUGGCCGAAAUGGGUAAGAGUUCGGAUGAUAUCAAGAGCGUCAAGAUCCGCACCCAAGAAGCUGCUAUUCGAAUUAUCGAUAAGCAAGGACCGCUGCACAACUUUGCUGACAGAGACCAUACAAUUCAAUACAUGGUGGCGAUUCCGUUAAUCUAUGGGAGAUUGACGACGGAAGAUUACACGGACAAAGUAGCCUCGGACCCCCGAAUCGAUGAAUUGCGAGCCAAGAUCAGCUGCACGGAGGAGAAGAAAUACAGUGUGGAAUACCAUGCGCCGGACAAACGCUCGAUCGGCAACGCGAUCACGAUCGAAUUGAAGGACGGCACGAUCUUGGACGAGGUCGAGAUCGAGUAUCCUGUGGGCCAUAAACGUCGUCGAGAAGAAGGGAAGCCCCUAUUGGACGCCAAGUUCAAGAGACACAUCGAGCCUCACUUCCCGCAGGGACAAAUCGCCAAGAUUAUGGAGGUGGUCAAUGACCAAAAGACUUUAGAAAAUUACGAUGUCGAUAAAUUCAUGGAUCUCUGGGUCAAAUCUUAA